CACCCAACUGUUGCAGGAAGCAACAGGGUGUUGCCGUUUCCCGGAAAGUGAAAGCACGCUCCGGUUGGGAGUGCGACACGGCCAUGGCGGCGGCUGGGAGCUCCAUGCAAAGCCUGCGCGAUGAAGCGUCCUGCCCCAUCUGCCUGGACUACUUCAGGGAGCCGACGAUGAUCGUAACGUGCGGGCACAAUUUCUGCCAGGACUGCCUCACGCGCUCCUGCCAGGACUCGGGCCCGGACGCCUGGCGCUGUCCCCAGUGCCGGGAGCUGGUCGAUCAGAGGCACUUCCGAGCGAACCGGCAGCUGGCCAAUUUCGUGGCGAUCACCAAGCAGCUCAGCCUGGAGGCGAGGACUGGGGCGGGAGAAGGAGGAGGAGGAGGAGGAGGAGGGUGGGCAGAGUGUGAGAAGCACCAGGAGCCCCUGAAACUUUUCUGCAAGGACGAUCAAGCCCUCAUCUGCGUGGUCUGCAGAGAGUCCCGGGACCACAGGAUGCAUGCGGUGCUUCCCACGGAUGAAGCCGCCGAAGAAUACAAGGAUUGGAUUCAGAGCCAGAUAAAUGCUUUGAAGAAGAAACAAUAUGAGACUGUGGCGUCUAAAAGGAGUGGCAACAUGGAAAGCGAAGCUCUGCAGAAUGAGGCAGACAACAUACGGCAAGAUAUGGUGACUCAAUUUAAGCAGCUGUACCAGCUGAUAGAGGACAAACACCUUGUCUUGUUGGCGCGGCUGGAAGAGCUGGACAAAAGGAUUGGGAGGCGGAGGGAGGAACAUAACGCCAAGCUCUCUGAAGAAUGUGCCUCGCUCGAGAACCUCGUCCACGAGAUGGAGGAGAAGUGUCGACAGCCCGCCGGUGAAAUUCUGCAGGGCAUCAAGGGGAUCAUGCAGAAAUGUCAGAUGGGAAUAGUGCAGAAGCCGGUGUCUUCUCCACCUGAACUGAAACAGUGGAUCAAGGAAUUUAAAGCCAUAAACGUGUUCCUCCAGCGUGUCACGAAGCAAUUCGGAGAUACCCUCCUUUCUGAAUAUCAGCUCUGCAAAGAAAUUGUGACCUUGAAUCCAGAUACGGCUCACCCUGACCUCUGCUUAUCCCAAGAUCAGAAGAGUGUGAGACUCCAGUGCACCCAGCAGAAGCUGCCCAGUAACCCAGAGAGAUUUGAUACCUGCACCUGCGUUCUGGGACACGUGAAUCAUGCCGGAUUCACUUCUGGGACACAUUGGUGGGAGGUAGAGGUGGAAGAGAGGGGUGUCUGGGCUGUUGGGGUCGCUGUGGCAUCCAUUAAAAGGAAAGGUCCUUUAAAGUUCAGCCCCAGUGAAGGAAUAUGGGCUUUGGGGCAGCUGCUGGGGGGCCACUACCAAGCCCUGACCUCUCCAAAGCAUCACCUGCUGCUGAACAGAAGACUCCGGAGGAUCCGGGUGACUCUUGAGUAUGACAAGCAGCAGGUGGCAUUUCUCAAUCCUGAUACCGACACCCCCAUCUUCAUCUUCUCACCAGCCUCAUUCAAUGGGGAGACAAUCCUGCCUUGGUUCUGGGUAGGGGGCCUGGCCUCGCAGCUCAGACUCUCUCUCUGAAAGAGUGGGAGCAGCAGCCCUCUCCAAAAUACGCUGUUCCAGUUGCCAGCAUCUCCCACAGUCAUGCAGAAGGGACUGUCUUUCUUUCCCCCUCUCCCCUGGGACUUGGAGCUUCCGUCCGAGGGCUGUCAGCUGACCAGGGGGAGAUAAAGUCAGUCAGUCCUGCUCUUGGACGGGUUGGAUAGACAGAUCCCAAUGAGUGGAAGGAUGGGUAGGUAUCCGCAGAAGGAACUAAAUGGGCCUUCUUCCUAGAUGCUGCAGGUCAAACUGCUCUUGCAGGGGCAGCUGCAGGGCUGGUUCCAACACCGGUAGCCUUACCUGCCACAACAGAAGGACGAAAUGGAAGCCAGCAGUGGCUCUUAUGUCAGUGGCCGGUGUAUUGACUCCAGGCCAUAGCUGGAACUUUGGGGGAGCUGUCCGUGGUGCUGAACAUGAAUCGGGCAGGUCCUUGGAUAAGCUCCUCUGGACUUUCAGCUGAGGCCCGGAGUGGGUGUACUGUUCCACUGACCUUGGAGCAACCAGCUUUUGCUAAUGCAGCCCAUCCCUGUGCAGAUUUGCAUGGAUGUGGUAUUAUGGGAUGGCAAGGAAUUGCUCUGUAAGAGUGUUCCUCACAAUGAGAGGCAAAACUGAACAGGGCUCUGCACCUUUAAUAGUUGUGUAGAAGAGGGAACGCUUGCCCGUGCACCUUCAUGACAAUUCCCACUAAUGCAGAACUGUGAAAAGUAUGGUGACAAGGUCCAUGUUGGCAUCUGACUUCCCUAUCAGGUUCACGUUAGCAAAAUCAAAAGCUUAGGCCUGCCAGAACCUUUGGAGUGCCUCUCCCAACCACAAUUCCCUCAGACACAAGGCUCAAGCUCUGGGUCUUCCCCCAAGUGCCAACUCCAAGGGAAGUGCAGAGGGCAGCAACAAGCGGGGAGGGCUUCCUCUGUGGUGGCCCCCUCCUAUGGAACAACCUUCCCAUUGCAGCGCAGCUGGCACCGAAUCUGUCAUUUGUAAUUUUUGGUGUCAAAUUAGGGCAGCCCUCUUUUCCGAGGCCCCCAGAGGGGGCUACCCAUGCCAGGUCAUUCGGCAGAAUCUCUCUUUGUUACUGUCUUUUUUUAGCUGUUUAAAACAGCUUAAUGUUUUAUUAUUUCUAUUGCCUGUUUUUACAGAUUAUUGUUAACUGCCCAAAGAGCUUCUGCUGUGGGACAUUAUAGAGAUGAAGAUGAUGAUGAUGCUCAUGUUGAUGAUGAUGAAAGUGAUGUGUGGGUGAGAGUGGGGGAAUGUUACCUAUCUGGAUUAUUCUUCUUUAAGAAAUAAACUCUCAUUCACAGAGAAAAGAGUGCAUUAUGGAAAGGACAGGCAGGUGACCCUGCAGGAUCAGAUCUAAGGCCCAUUGAGUCCAGCGCUCCGUAUGCGCAGUGGCAAACCAGCUGCCCACAGGAUCCCUCCAGCAGGAGGGAUGACCUCCUGAGGGUUCAGGUGUUAUGGGCGAGGGAGAAAAAUCUCCCUCUGCACUCCACGCACUAUUUUAAACCCCUCUAUCACACCUCUGCUUGCUUGCCUUUUUUCUAAGAUACACAGUCCCAGUUGUUGUAGCCCCUCCUCAUGGGAGCGUUGCUGAGCCUCUUCAUCAUUUUUGUUGUCCUUCUGUACUUCAGUUAUUGGGUGAUAUAAAAUUCUGUUAAAAAGGAAAAAAAAAGCCCAAACGAGAAAUGCCAGAGGCAUGUCGAGGAGGGAUUGCGCCCUACCAUCAGCCCCUGGUCAGGGACCUGUAGCCUUUUUAAAUCUAAGGUUGUAUGGCGUUUCACCCUAAAUUACAAAAUUUGCAUCAAUACACCUCAGCUAACAUAUGGAAAUCGGUCUUCUUUCUCUCUCUGGCGAUGUUCAAGGGACCACGCUUAUAGCUUUGCUUUCGUUUCCAGGUUUACAGUGAAUCCAGGUCCUUUUAGCUCAAUUUUUAGACUGGAGUGCCCUCUAGAGGAUUCUAUAAAAUGCAGCAAUCGACUUGCUUUUUCCAUUCUCUCCAUCUUCCUUCAUUCCUGAAACCGGCCCCACCUGCUUGUCCCUGGAGAUGGGCUUCCACCCUCCUCAGGCCAGCCCUACCAUAGUAUGAGUGGACCAGCUGCCUCAGAGGGCAGGGCAGGGCUAUUUGUGGCAACUUAAUCUGCUUAAUCUGCCCUGAUGCCUCUGGUGCAGCAGAAACAGCCAGCAUUGAAGCCAGAGUCAGUGAUCAGCACGCUCAGCUUCUGUACCCGAAGUGGGUGCCAUUUUGUCUUCCAGGCAAUGAGAUGUCUUGGCCUAUUCCUGCACCCAGCUCACCCUUGGGCUUUCUCUGGUUAACCCUCUGACCCCGUCCUUUCAUCCACUCAAUCCUCUUGGUGCCAGGUUGGUGCCUCCAAACACAGGAGAAGCUGUCUCUGCAGUUAACUCCUCCCAGCAACAAGCAGACUUGGCAGAAAUUGUGCCUGCAAUCACGAGUCACUGGAUCUGUAAAAUGCUUUGCACAGAUACUGGAAAUUGCCUCAGCCCAAAUUAUGGAACAUGGUGUUCAGUUCCGGGCACCCAGGUUUUAAGAAGAUGCUGAAAAGCUAGAAUGGGUUUAGAGGAGGGCAAUGAAGAUGCUCCAGGGUCAGGAAACUAAGUCCUAUGAGAAGAAAUGGAAAGAACUGGGCAUCUUUAGCCUCAAAGGGAAAAUGAAGGGACAUGAUGGUGCUCUACAAGCACCUCAAAGGCUGUCACAAAGAGGAAGGAAAAGACCUCUUCCCACUCAUCCCUGAGUAUAGGACAUGAAACAAACUUAAACCGCAGCGCACCAGAUUCAGGCUGGACAUCAGGAAAAGUUUCCUGGCUGUCAGAGCGGUACGUAUGAUAGUGGAACCAGUUGCCAAGAGAGGUGGUGGGCUCUCCCACCUUGGAGACUAAAGGUGGAACUGGACAGUCCUCUGAGUGGGGUGGUGUGACAUGGCAUCCUGCACCAGUGGGGGGUUUGACCCAAUGGCCUUCUUGGCCCCUUUCAACCCUAUUACCCUAUGAAUUUAUGAAAGUGUUUCUGGAGCUCUCUCUGGGCCACAGCCCAAAGAGGAGAGUGGCCAAGAGUUUGAGCAGCUAUAGUACAUAUAAAAGAGGCGAAGGUGUUGACCCAUCAUGCUUUGCUGCAACUCCCAGGAUUCACUUUUUGCUCACCAUUGUGUGUGCACCGCACUAAAAGGGAGGAUAUAUAAAACACUGCAGAACUUUCUGACCCUGUUCCUGCCAGCAUGAAAUCGGCACCCUGGUCCAAGAACACUGCCCGGGGCUUCUCAAGGAGGGAAGAGUCAUCCUCUUAAAAUCUCCCCCCAGCACAAGGAGGACUAGGCUGUUAAUCUAUCUAGCUACUGUGUCUGCCUCCAUUUAUACUCAGCCUGCGUAUCUGAAAAUAAAUGUGUUGCUUUCCAAGCCUUUCUGUGUUUUGGUUAAAGCAAGGAAAAUGAGCUGUUAUGUGGCUGGUAUGUAAAGUUACACUAAAUACUUGUAUUUCCACAAUUCUGUUCUACUACAGUGUCAUUAUGCAGUUGUGUAAUACAACAUAUAGGAAGGUCAAAAAAAAAAAAAAAAAACCCCUCUGUGGAAAAUACCUGUAAAGGAACCAAGCUAACUCUCACACUCACUGCACUGAGGAUGAAAAAUUGGAAUCCAUUCCAGUGCAUUCACUGCAAUAAAUGAAAGACAAUCAUGCAUAGGUCUCAUAUUGCCUGGACAACAGUAUGUAAGUUUCUCAUGUGCUUUAUUUAAUAAGUUACAUACAAUAUUCUUAGACAUUUGCAGCUGAAGUAAAAAUUUAUUUCAUCUCACAGCAGAAUGCAAUGUGAUCACUUAAGAAGAAAACACAAUUGGGGAUUUAAAUGAUGACAGUAUUCGAAGAAGAUGUGACAUUAGAAUAGGUCAAUUAGGGUUUGUUAGAGUGAAAUGAACUCUAGACAGUUGAAGUCCAAGGAAAGUUUAAACUCUUGUGCACAAUAGCACUGUACAUGCUUCAUUGGGAGAGAAAGACAAAUUGAUAAAAUCAUUAAAUAUGAGAUGCAUUAUUUGUUGCUGGUAUGGAUUUUUGGGUUAUUAGAAAUUAUGCUUUUUCUUCUUGUCCUGUGAUUUCUUCUCCCUGUCCUUGUGAUGCUUAAAAGAUGUGGUAAGAUGCUCCUUCUGAAAAGUAUCAUUAGGUACUGAGCUCUGAUUGCUAAUCUAUUAAUUUCCCUUUCCAGCAAGUGCUCCAAUGUUGCCAAAGCGUCAGACUGCAAUUGAUAUUUUUCUCAGCUUGAGCACUUUUAUCCUGGUUUGUCUUAAUAAAGGGAUGUUGUAUGAACUUA